CUGCCAGCUGUGAGGGGAGCUGCGAGAAGGGCCAGCAAAAGUACAAAAAGGAACGAAGAAGCAAUGCCUGACACCUCAAACUCUCACACACGUUGAACGCAACAAGCCGAGUCUUUGCGAGAGGACUUCUCUUGGGCUACAGAGCUGCAUGAUGGCACACCGAGCAAUGAGCCGAUGGCUUUCAUGUGCCACGCUGUGCACGUGGCUGCUGUGCAGCGUCCAAAGCGAGACCAGCACUCCUGCCAUACAGCUACGUCUGGUCGGGGACAAACGGAAGAAGCACGAGGGCCGAGUGGAAGUUCUCUACAAAGGCGAGUGGGGGACGGUGUGCGACGAUGACUUCUCCAUCUACGCCGCGCAGGUGGUGUGCAGAGAGCUCGGCUUCGUGGACGCCGAGGCGUGGUCGCCCUCGGCGAAGUACGGCAGGGGCCACGGGCGUAUCUGGCUAGACAAUGUGGACUGUAACGGUAGAGAGAAGAGCCUCGCCGAGUGUCGGUCCAACGGCUUUGGAGUGACCGACUGCAAACAUUCAGAAGACGUCGGGGUGGUGUGCUCCCAGCAACGCAUUGCCGGCUUCAAGUUUAUCCGCACCCGGGCCAACAGUGAGGAGGGUUUGCCAGUGAAUGUGGAGGACGUUCGGAUCAGGGCCACGUAUUCUCACAGGAAAAGGAUACCAAUCACCGAAGGCUUUUUGGAAGUGAAAGAUGGAGGCAAGUGGAGGCAGAUCUGCAACGCAGAUUGGACGGGGAUGAACAGCAGGGUCAUCUGUGGCAUGUACGGCUUCCCCGCGGACAAGCGCUUCAACAACAAGCCCUACAAGUUGCUGGCUAAGCGGCGCAAGAAGAACUACUGGGGUUUCGGCGUCAACUGCACCGGCAACGAGGCUGACCUGUCCGAUUGCAAACUGGGUAGGGAGACCGUGCUGAAGGGCAACGACACCUGCAAGGAGGGCAUGCCCGUAGUGGUCAGCUGUGUCCCUGGACGGACCUUCGCUCCCAGCCUGAGCACCGGCUUCAGGAAGGCGUACAAGGUGGAGCAACCCCUGGUGCGACUCAAAGGCGGUGCCAUGAUAGGGGAGGGCCGCGUAGAGGUGUUAAGGAACGGCGAGUGGGGCACGGUGUGCGACGACAACUGGAACAUUCAAGCGGCCACCGUAGUUUGCCGGGAGCUGGGCUUCGGCAGCGCCAAAGAGGCUUUGACCGGUGCCAGUUUUGGACAAGGUAUCGGUCCAGUGCACAUGAACAAAGUGGAGUGUUCUGGCUUUGAGAAAUCCCUGACGGAGUGUCGCUUCAACCGAGAUGCCCUCGACUGCAGCCACGAGGAAGACGUCGCGGUCAAGUGCAAUGUUCCUGCAAUGGGCUUUAAGAACAGACUCCGUUUGUCCGGUGGACGUAAUCCCUACGAGGGCCGCGUGGAAGUUCUUAUGGACAGGAACGGCUCUCUGGUGUGGGGGCAGGUGUGCAGUGACAGCUGGGGGACCAUGGAGGCCAUGGUGGUGUGCAAGCAGCUGGGCUUGGGUUUUGCCAAUCACGCCUUCCAGGAAACCUGGUACUGGCAAACAGAAGGUUCUUCUGAUAAUAUUGUGAUGAGCGGAGUGAGAUGCUCUGGAACUGAGCUGACUUUGGAUCAGUGCCUCCAUCAUGGGAAACACAUUCAAUGUCUUAAAGGGGGCGGACGCUUUGCUGCCGGGGUUACCUGUACUCUGACGGCCCCCGACCUGGUCCUGGACGCCCAAGCAGUGGAGCAGACUGCAUACUUGGAGGACAGACCGAUGUAUGCCCUCCAGUGUGCCCAGGAGGAGAAGUGUUUGUCCAGCAGCGCCGACAACGCUGACCAGAACUCUUACCGCCGUCUUCUGCGCUUCUCCUCCAAGAUCCACAACAAGGGCCAGUCGGACUUCAGGCCGAGGGCCGGUCAUCAGUCCUGGACCUGGCAUGAAUGCCACAGACAUUUCCACAGCAUGGAGGUGUUCACCCACUACGACUUGAUGAAUGUGAACGGAACAAAAGUGGCGGAGGGUCACAAAGCCAGCUUCUGUUUGGAGGACACGCGUUGUGAAGAAGGCAUUGAGAAGAAAUACGAAUGUGCCAACUUUGGAGCACAGGGGAUCACGGUGGGCUGCUCGGACACCUACAGGCAUGACAUUGACUGCCAGUGGAUUGACAUCACAGAUGUUCCACCUGGCAACUACAUUCUCCAGGUUGUGAUCAAUCCAAACUACGAGGUUGCAGAAUCUGAUUAUACCAACAACAUAAUGAAGUGCCGCAGCCGCUAUGACGGCAAUCGCAUCUGGAUGUACAACUGCCUAAUAGGUGGCUCGCGAAGUUCAGAAACCGAGGAAACCUUUCCCGGACUGCUGACCAAUCAGCUUUCGCACAGGUAGACAAGACCGAUGGAUGGACAUGAAUAGGGUACAGCGCAGGAGUGUUUCACAACCACUAGAGGAGGAGGAGGCAGUUGUUAAGGAUGUGGGACGCAGAAUACGAGUACAAAUGGGCUCUUGGCACGUUUGAAUAAAUUUUAAUGUAAUAGUGCGUACUAUUACAUCAGUAAGUUCACAGAAAGACCAUUUUACAUGUUGUAGGAUGCAAACAUCUACAAAAUCGCAUUUCAUUGUUGAUAAGCUGACAAUGUGGUCAAAAAGCAGCCAUUUUUUCUGACUGUGAGGAAAAUUAUUAGGUAAAUUAUUCAAUCUAUACACCACAUGCAAUACAGCUUAUUUUGUAGAAAUGUACAUUUUUUUAAUACAUGGUGCUUUUUGAUGAAUGUCAGGGAACAGUGCAGCCAAAUAUUUUUGGAAAUGAAAUGCCAACAGUUACCUUUCAAUGGCCAGUACAAGAAACACUCACCUUUAUUUUGUCCAGGAAAAACAUUUUGGUGCUACAUCGUGUUCAGAAGUUCUUCAAUGUCAGAGGAAUGCAAAGGAAUACAUUACAUUGCUUCUCCUGUUUCCAACAUUGAAAGGGUUUUAAUUGACAUUCUACAUGAACAGCAAAUUCAAAGUAUCAAAAAGUAAUAGUUUUAACACAAGGCUAUUUGAUUUGGUUGUCGUACUUUCAAGCCACAAUUUAAAGUGUCUUUUCUGACGAGGAGUCUGAAUUCCAAAUCCUUGACCUCCCCUUUGAAAAGGUUUUAUUUAUUGACUUUGUUUUCAGCUUACCCCCUCAUCUACCAUUAAAUUAUUUGCUGUCAGGGAGUGUGACAAAGCCUCAAAUGUAUGUGAAAAUGCCUUUUUUUGUUGUCAUUUUGUAAAUGUGACAAAUUCCCUUCAUUUUAUAAGGGUAUCAGUCACAUUGAUUGAUUUUAUUGAAAUGUGGAAAUGCAUGACAUUCUGCAAUAAAGGUACAUGGUGAAAGCACAUUUCAGUUUCUGUGAUGAGCUACUGUGUUGAAUGUUUUGAAAAACAAAAAAAGACAAGUCGCAAUGGCACAGGGAUAAAGAGGAUUAACAUGUUGAAGCUAUGGAGUGAUUUUGAAAAGUCAAGCUUUUAAAAACUGCUUCACUCUCCAUUAGGGGUAAUUAGGUUUUUGGGGGGUGGGAAUGGGGGUUGUGCAAUAUGAAUGGCUCAUUGCCAAGAUGAGACCGUCGCACACAAAGACUACAUGUCUUUGUUGAGAGGAGGAGACUCACACAGAAGAAGAAACUGGAUAAGAUCCUCAACACUUGAUGCGCUUGGUGUAUCUUCAUGCCCCAUAUUAACUGUAGACAAGCAACCUUUUUUUUUUUUUUUGUCCAUAAUUUUGUUAAAAUUUUCAAGUGGCUUUGUAGUGAUUAAAGUUUUGACUGUGAAUGAAGUUAAAAGCCUAAAAUAGUGUAAAUGUAAUUGUAAAUACUUGUAUGUUUGCUUUUCUGGGAUCACUAACAUGAUGCUCACUCCCCAAUGACCACGGGUAGCAAAAAUAGUUCACCACUGAUGGCACAUUGUGAUUUACUAAGUAUUUAUUUGUUUAUCAAUUUAAACUUUAUAUGGUACACGUUUAUUAAUCAUCCAUCAAUCCAUUUUCUUUGCCGCUUAUCCUUACAAGGGUCGGGGUGGGUGCUGGAGCCUAUUCCAGCUGUCAACAGACAAGAGGCGGGGUACACCCUGAACUGGUUGCCAGCCAAUCCCAGAGCACAUUGAGACAAGCAGCACUCACAAUCACAUCUAGGGGGAAUUUAGAGUGUCCAAUUAAUUUUGCAUGUUUUUGGGAUGUGGGAGGAAACCUGAGUGCUUGGAGGAAACCCACACAGGCAUAGGGAGAACAUGCAAACUUCAGACAAGCGGGUCCGGGAUUGGACCCGGGACCUCCGAAUUGUGAGGCCAACGCUUUCCAGCUGAUCCUUCGUGCUGCCCAUGUUUAUGAAUGUACCAAAUAUUUGUUUGUUUUUUGUCUAAAAAUAGUGUGUUGUGUUGUGGAUCCCAUGUGUGUUUGAGGGAGGGCAACUAUGGGAUGGAAGAGAAAGGGCGCCCAUGUCUUCCAUUUAUUCUUCAGCUAAGCUAAGGCCAGCCAACCUACCGUUUGUUGUAGCAAUAGAAAAGAAAAAAAAAUGCAGAAAAGUUGAAAAUGAAAAUGGCAGUCUCCGGGUUGUGUACGAAAACAAGAAAAGGGAUAUUUGAAAAAUGAGCCAAGUUCUGAAAGGAAUGCACAGCAAGACGUGGAAUGUAUUUUUGCUUGCAAUAACCAAGAUUGUGACGAAUGUGACUUUUAUACUCUUUAAGUGUCCAGUUGGAACAGUGUGUUUGCAUUUCUCACCCUGCCUUUAGAGAUUAUCAUUUUUGACCUGAUAAUGAUGUGAUAGAAAUCAUUAGUAGGUGUAAAAUACAGUGCAGUAUGUUUAAUUGUUAAUGUCAUUUCUGGAGCUAUCUUGUGAUUCAAAACAUUAGACAAGCUGUUCGUACUUGUUGCAAUGCGGCUGCACUUGUUGUGAUUCAGCGGCACUAAACCUUUUCAAAAAAUGUACAGCUUUUUUUUACAUUUAUUGACAAGAAUUUUGUACUGUAAUGGCUGUUUUAAAGCCACAAUAAGUUUCUUCAAAACAAUAAUUUUGUACUGGAUUGGGGUAUUUAGGCAUUCUGUGUCUAAAUUUAAUGGACAAUCGGCUUUAACGAAACCGCCUCCCUGCUAUGAGUCCAUUAAUUCACCCUAGAGUGGACCAUAAAUAAUAUAAUGUAAAGAAUUUCAUUAAAAGGAUUCAAAUACUGGUGAUUUUUUUUCUGAUUUGCUAAAUAGUUCAAGUGUCACAUGACUUUUCUGUCUUUCGGUGGU